CCGCAUGGCCUCGCGAGUGGACUACAACUCCCAUGAGGCGCGGAGGCUGCGCAGGCGCGUCGGAGGUUCAAACCUGGGGUGGGAUUCCAUUGGCUGAGCAGCACUGAGUCGGGAGCCCUGAUUGGCUGCGGGGCCUGAGGCGACAGAUUCCGGAAAGGGGAAGAGCAGCCAACAUGGCGGCGGAACGCGGCGCGGGCCAGCAACAGUCGCAGGAGAUGAUGGAGGUUGACAGGCGAGUCGAAUCUGAAGAGUCUGGCGAUGAAGAGGGGAAGAAGCAGAGCGGCGGUAUAGUGGCAGACCUCAGCGAGCACAGCCUGAAGGACGGAGAGGAGCAGGGGGAGGAAGACCCAGAAGGUACCAGGCCGAAAGGACAAGAGCUGCCCGUGGAUAUGGAAACCAUUAACCUGGACAGAGAUGCAGAGGACGUUGAUCUGAACCACUACCGCAUUGGGAAAAUCGAGGGAUUUGAGGUGCUGAAGAAAGUAAAGAGUCUCUGCCUCCGUCAAAAUUUAAUUAAAUGCAUUGAAAAUCUGGAGGAGUUACAGAGUCUUCGAGAGCUGGACCUUUAUGACAACCAAAUCAAGAAGAUUGAGAAUCUGGAGGCGCUAACACAGUUGGAGAUUCUAGAUAUUUCUUUUAAUCUGCUGAGGAACAUUGAAGGAGUCGACAAGCUGACACGACUGAAGAAGCUCUUCCUGGUUAACAACAAAAUCAGUAAAAUCGAGAACAUAAGCAGCUUACACCAGCUGCAGAUGCUGGAGCUGGGGUCCAACCGCAUCCGGGCAAUUGAAAAUAUUGACACGUUAACCAGUUUGGAGAGUUUGUUUUUGGGGAAGAACAAGAUCACUAAACUUCAGAACCUGGACGCACUUACCAACCUGACGGUCCUCAGUAUGCAGAGCAACCGGCUGACCAAGAUGGAAGGUCUGCAGAGCCUGGUGAACCUUCGAGAGCUGUACCUGAGCCACAAUGGCAUCGAGGUCAUCGAGGGCCUGGAGAACAAUAACAAACUCACGAUGUUGGACAUUGCAUCAAACAGAAUCAAAAAGAUUGAAAACGUCAGCCAUCUGACGGAGCUGCAGGAAUUCUGGAUGAACGACAAUCUCCUCGAGAGCUGGAGCGACCUCGACGAGCUGAAGGCAGCCAAGAGCCUGGAGACGGUGUACCUGGAGCGGAACCCCCUGCAGAAGGACCCCCAGUACAGGCGGAAGAUCAUGCUGGCCCUGCCCACCGUGCGGCAGAUCGACGCCACCUUCGUCCGGUUCUGAGUCCUCCCGGCUCCUCGCCUGGGCCCUCUCUUCACAAGAACUUCCCAGCCACGGUUUUUAUCUGCCCGUUGCUCCUCGAGCCAUCACUCUCAACAGUCACAAACCCAAUGGCAAUAAAAAGGCACUGAGUGAUAA